AUGCUGAUGAUAGAGCUUAAACAUUGCUUUAAACUGCAAUUUAGUCUGACCAUUAACUGCUGUGUUGGUUACUUGGGUUAGAACUGAAUAAGAGCAAUGAAGGCUUGUUUUUCUGUGAGUUAAAAUAUGUGACCCAUCCUCUAUGUGACAUGCUUCUAAAAUGGGUAAUGAACCAGAAGAUGGUCUAUUGUCAAUUUUUAUACACACUUGGGGAACAUGGCAUACAUUCUUUAAGCAGUGAUUGAGUUCCAGCACAAGGGUGCAGUGAUCUGUUAUGACCACAAAUCAUAAUUCAGACCCCAUGAUUCACACUGUCAGUUCUCACUGUGAGGUAAUCAAAGGGUUGCCCAUCACCAUGGAGUUAUUGUUAUACAGUAGAGGCAUGAUGGACUAGGGUUAUUGUCAGUAAUGAAAACCAAAUAAAGACUUUUAAUAAAAUGAAAAGAAAAACCAAACAUAAUUUGAAAAACUGAAAUUAAACUGAAAUAAAUUUGUGACUCCAAAACUAAAACUACUGACAUACUAAAACUAAACUGCUAGCAAACACUUUUAUAAAAAAAAAAAAAAAAAAAAAAAAAAAAAACUAAAUUUAAAAGGACAAUCUAAAAAUAAAGUUGAAACUAAUAAUUAAAUAAAUGCAAAACUAUAAUAACCCUUUAGUGAACAUGCUUAAAAGAUGCAGUGCAACACAUUUAUCCCACUGUGGCAAUGACCCAUCAUGGACAAGCUGACAAGUCAUGGACAAGUGCUCUGCACUGCAUUCAAAAUAGACAUAGUUUUUGAAUUCUUUCCUUCCCUCUCUUUUUGCAUAAAUGCAAACAGUCGUUACAUCAUCAGCUAUGAGAUGGUUGUGCUUAAAUCUGUACUGCAGUGACAGAUGGACAACAUGAGAAAAGGGAGGGGUCAAGGAUGAACAUGUUUUUUCUCUCAGUGGAGGUGUGGGACAUCACCCGCAGUGCACGACCGGCCAGACUAUGAAUGUUUGGAUUUUGCCCAGUAUUAUGGACCACAAACUGGGAGAAAGUUCAGACCAUCAACAAGAAUUAUAAAAGAGGGAGCGUCCUGACCUGUGAGAAUUUUACCCCACCAUCAAACGACUGUAAAAAUACAAUAAAACCAUUAGUGACUCGAGGAGACGAAGAUUAAUUCAACAUCAGCUUUUGCCAAAGGGAGAUUACAGCUCUGUUUGGAUGAAAAUUUUUAUGAUUGUUCACUGGAAUGUUCAGAUUUCUCUGGAAUAGACCUGUAGUCUUAUCAAAGACAAAUUCAUCACUGGAAGUUCUCCAAAGAAGAGGCAUUGAGAUUGCAGGAGAGGACGUGAAAUUUAAAAGGGAGAAUGCAAACAUUCUGAACCAUUUCCUGGGUAACAAACAAUAGUGAUCUAUUGUUCCACAAGUGUUUGCGUGUGCCUGUACAUUGGCAUACAUGACUUUGUUUAUCAGGGUGUGUCUGUAUUGAUGUGUGUCCAGGUUAGUUGAAAUGGCUUUUGUGGGGUAUAAAAGCAGGUGCGCAUGAGUCCGUCCACCCUCAUCCUCUCAAGCGAGAGCUAUCUCAUUUGCUGAUCAAAUCACAAACAGAUUAUCAGUCUAAAUGAGCAUUAGAAGAACUCCGCUUAAAGGCAUGUGAAUCUUCAGUUCAGUGUGACUGUCUAGGACUGGAAUCAGUGCAAUCUUAAGGACUUGCUUUUCAAGCAAAUACAGCAAAGAUCUGUAUAUAAAAGACUCAAAAGGCUACAGUAAAGAACUUUAAACUUUCCAAACAGAUUGCAUGGACUAUUGCUUGUUUGGAAUUUUCCUUGUUUAAUUAACUUUGGAAGAUCAUGUGAUUUAUCUGCAUCAAACUUAACAGAAAAGCUCAGCUGUCCAUGAUUGCAACAGUUGAUAUCACUACUGUAACUUCAACCGGAAGAUAGUGAUCGGCGCUCAUGACGAUCCUGAAACAGGAGAAUUCAGAAUGUCUUUUAAACGACACUCCAUCUCUGAUUGAGAUUGAAUGUGUUGGGCAACCCAAUCUUGACUGUUUUAGUGAGCAUCAUCAUGUAUGUAUUGUGCACCUUGGUGUUUCUGUCUCUUCACAACCUCUUCAAGAGACCUAAGGUCCUGGAGCCCACAAAACAUGAGACUGAAGAGCCCACAAAACAUGAGACUGAAGAGUCCCCCAAGCUGGCCAGCCCGGAUGCAGCAAAAUUGAGGUUCAAGAAGAGAGCCAAGCACCCCUGGCCUGGAAGUUCUGGAGCGUUACAGACCUCAAGCGUCUCUAGACGCAGUGGCUUUGAAAGUUGCCUGGAUAGAAUACCAAGCAGACCAAGAAAAAGCAGAGCAGUACACCUUGAGAACGUGCAUGACAGGAGGAAGAAUGCACAGCCGGUCCAGCGGUGCGAUCUGCUCGGCCCUGCGGUCAUGUACAGCACGCGAAAGACCUGGGACGUCUGCCACACCCCCUGCCUACAGGAACUCUGGAACAAAGACCUCUCAUUGGACGCAAGUUCCCUGGAUAUCCUGAUGAGUGAUGGUGAGGAGGAGAGCUCCUUCCUCUCGUUACCCGACUCUGUUCUUCAGCGCCACUGUUUGACCUCUGACCUCUCAAAAACACCCAGCUCUGACCAGCAGCAGCUGCUAAUACAGACGCUGCAAGAAAGAGUUUGUGAGUUCCAGGCACGCUUGCACAGCGAAGACGCAGCUAAAAGACUCCUCCUACAACGCCUGCAGACACACGACCACCAUAACCAAGAACAUCCAUCCAUUUGCUUAGAACCUCAAGAGCAGCCCAGACUGCAGGACUACAGCCAAGCUAUAUCCCCUACAGGUGUGAGGGGCUCUAGUGCUUUGACACGAAGGACAGUGGAUUUUCCCAGCACUGUACAAGUGAAGGUUCACUCACGGGAACAACUACAAAAAGACGAGGGGGAAGAACUCACUCUCAUUAUAGGGCUACGCACACAGGUCAAGGAGCUGGAGGAGAAACUAGUGGAUCAGACGCAGGAGGUGGAGAGACUGCGCUCUGAGCUGGGGGCGACAGAUCUGGAGAAACAGCUCGAGGUGCUGGAGAGUGAAAACCAGCGGCUCAAACAGGAGCUGAGGGCCAGUCACACCCAGCAGCCCCAGAACACCUGUUCGACUGCCCACUGCCCACACAGCCGGGAUGUGGAGGCUCUGCGUAGUGAGCUAUGUCGUAAGGAGGAGGAGUGCCGUGAGCAGGAAUGGCGACUGGCUGCACUGGAGCUGCAGGUGCAGGAGAGGACAGGUGUGAUAGUACAGUUGCAGCAGCAGUUAGAGGAGGCUGCACAGCGCAGACAGGAGCUACAGCAGCAGCUGGAGGAGGUCUCACAGAACAGGAGUCAGAGUGAGGAGCAGCUGACCUCACGACUUCAUGAUGCUGAGGAGGCUCUGUCUCGCCAUGCUGCACUGCCUCCACAGGUCAAGUAUGUGACCAAGACAGUUGAGGUGGAGUCGACUCAGUGUAAGCAGGCUUUAAUGGAGGCUCAGGCCCGUAACCAGGAACUUCAGGAGCAGUUGGGUGUGCAGAGACAGCUCCUUAGAGAGUUAGAACAGCAGCUCAACGAGUCCCAGAGGACCAGCAGUCAGUUACGCCAGCAGAUCCUGGUGUAUGAGGGUGAGAUGGAGAAAGCUCAGGGUCAUCUGGAGGCAGAGAUGCAGAGUCUAGAGGAGGAGAAGAACAGAGUGAUCGAGGAAGCGUUCAUCAGAGCAGAGAGUGAGAUGAAGGCCGUUCAUGAGAACCUAGCAGGAGUGCGGAUGAACCUCCUGACCCUGCAGCCGGCCCUGAGAACCCUCACCUGUGACUACAACUGCCUGAAGAGACAGGUGCAGGACUUCCCUUACAUGCUGGAGAAAGCCAUUGCAGAGGCAAAGCAGGAGAUCUGUCAGGUGAUUGGAGAGGUGAGCAGUGCAAACCAAGAAUUGCUGCGAAAAUACAAGAGAGAGAUGAACCUGAGGAAGAAAUGCCACAAUGAACUGGUGCGCCUCAAAGGCAACAUUCGUGUGUUGUGCCGAGUACGCCCCAUAUGCCCUGGAGAAACAGAUGCUGCUGACACCAAAAACCUAGUGACCUUUGACCCUGAUAAUGAUGCUGUUCUCUACCUGUCCAAUAAGGGCAAGCUCAUGUCCUUUGAACUUGACAAAGUCUUUCCCCCUCAGGCUACUCAGGAGGAGGUGUUCCAGGAAGUGCAGUCUCUGGUCACGUCCUGUAUUGAUGGCUUUAAUAUAUGCAUCUUUGCCUAUGGACAAACAGGCUCUGGAAAGACCUACACUAUGGAGGGCGUCCCUGAGAACCCUGGCAUCAACCAGCGUGCUCUGCGGCUGCUCUUCUCUGAAGUGACCGAGAAGAAGCCUGACUGGGACUAUAAGAUCACCGUCAGCAUGGUGGAAAUCUACAAUGAGACACUUCGAAAUCUUUUGGGUGAUAAUCCAAAUGAGAAACUUGAUAUCAAGAUGUGUCCAGAUGGCAGUGGACAACUGUAUGUGCCAGGACUCACUGAGUUCACAGUGGAAAGUGUGGAGGACAUUAACAAGGUGUUUGACCUGGGUCACAUGAACAGAGCGACAGCGUGCACUAAUCUGAAUGAGCACAGCUCUCGUUCUCACGCCCUCCUUAUCGUCACAGUAGCGGGUUUCAACUCUUCAACAGGCCACCGUUCCUCAGGUAAGCUGAAUCUUGUGGACCUGGCUGGGUCUGAGCGGAUUGCCAAAUCUGGUGCUGAGGGCAGCCGUCUGCGUGAAGCUCAGUGCAUCAACAAAUCACUGUCUGCUCUUGGUGAUGUCAUCAAUGCCCUGCGCUCCAAACACUCACAUGUGCCCUUCCGGAACUCUCGCCUCACGUACCUGCUGCAGGACUCGCUCAGUGGAGACAGCAAGACCCUCAUGAUGGUGCAGGUGUCUCCUCUAGAAAGUAAUGUCAGUGAGUCAGUGUGCUCUUUGAAGUUUGCUCAGCGUGUUCGGACUGUUGAGAUCGGCUCCUCAUCUUCCUCACGACGUCAAGCAGAGAACUCCUCAACAUCUUCCUCACCUACUCACGACAGCGUGGAGCUGGACUCUCCUCCUGUGACCCCUGUCCCUCUCCCCAUCUCAAGGGCUAGUAGUGCAGGUUCGACCCUCUCCUCUGCCUCUAAAACCCCCAGCACCCGGCGGAGGUCCCAAAGCCAGCUCUCCACAGAUAGACAGGUAGACAGAAGCAGCCCAUUGGCUGGGGACGGUGGGCAGGACGAAUGAAGUUAACAGCGUGAUAAACACCUCAAAGUGGAAGUACAGAGAGCUGUUGUCUGUCCUCCAAACCUCUCGACCAAUCAGCUCCUUUCUUGAUGAUUCUACCAAUGACAGACCUGCAUUUCAUACUUGACGGGAAGGGGGGAACUUAACCGGCAUAUCAGGGUUGGGAAUUUGAUAACAGACAUCUACUGAAGAGACAUUCCUUUUGAUCUGAUUGAUUGACUUGAUUUAAGAUGAUCAUAUGUGAUUCAAGAUAAUGACCUCUCAACACCUGCUGCCUCAGGAUGAGAAGACCCUUCCAUUACAGCAAAGUAUUUAUGGGCAAUAAUGCACUUUAGUCUAGUCUAAGCUGUCAUUUUUAGUGUUAAUGUUACAUAAAUGCAGAAUUGAUUUAUAAAUGCUUGAAUGUACGUGUGUGUGUAUAUAUUCGUGUGUCUAAGCAAGAUAUUAAUUCUUUUUUUUUUUUUCAUAUAAAUUUUUGGGUUUUAUCUUUUUUUUCUUUUACAGUUUCUUCAUAUGAGAACAAUUCAUAAUUCCACAACUGAUAAGCUUUGAAAAUUGUGUUUUAAAUGGUGGCAAUAAGAAAUAAUGCAAAGUUUGGUUUCUGAUUAGCAUUUUUUCUUUUUGUAUAUACAAACUUGAAGGCCAUUCAAAGCCUGGACCGUCUUCCUGAUUCAUGCAUGUCUCUCAAUGUGCUCUCAUUAAUUUUAGGACAAUCAUUAGCAAUUUUUGUGCAGUGAAGUCAAAUCAUUAUGGUAUACAGCAUUUGCUGAACUCAGACAAUGUGUCGCUCUGCUUGUAAACAGGAAGCGGACUAGUUAUGUAAAUAUAAAUGCAUUCCUUAUGACCCUCAGUAGCUUACAGUACGUCCUCAGUGUACGAUCUCUCAGUGUCUUGAACUUGAACAAACCACUAAGUAAGAGUAAAGCUACUGUUUGUGGCUCUGGGGUCUUGCUUGCUUGUAUUCACAUUGGUGCAUGUUUGUAUGCAGUUUUUUUUUUUUUUCUACAGUUUUUAAUAAAUGCCCAAAACCAA